AGACAGCAGACCGGGCUGCAGUCUCAUCAGCUGCUGCUGGGGCCACUGAGACGUUGACUGGACUGUCUGUCACUCAGAGGGAGCCCAGGAACAGCUGCAGAGGAGCAGCCCUGGAGGGCACCUCUGGAAUGCAGCCUCUUCCGCCGCCAGUGCCAGGGCCCCUGGCUCUGCUGGACUCCACCGAGGGCUUCAUGAGGAGGAAGAAGACCUCCCUGUGGUUUGUGGGGUCUCUGCUGCUGGUGUCUGCUCUUAUCCUGACCAUUGGCCUCACUGCCACCACCAGGACAGAGAAUGUGACCGUGGGAGGCUACUAUCCAGGGAUCAUCCUGGGCUUUGGGUCUUUCUUAGGGAUCAUUGGCAUCAACCUGGUGGAAAACAGAAGACAAAUGUUGGUGGCGGCCAUCGUGUUUAUCAGCUUUGGUGUGGUGGCGGCAUUCUGCUGUGCCAUAGUAGAUGGCGUGUUUGCAGCACGGCACAUUGAACUGAGGCCACUCAGUGCAGGAAGGUGCCAAUUCUACUCCAGUGGGGCAGGGUAUUUGUAUGACGUCUACCAGACAGAGGUCACUUGCUACUCCUUGAAUGGCAGGUGCCAGUUAAAGGUGAAGAGCAACACAUGCUACUGCUGUGACCUCUAUGCCUGUGGGAGCAAUGAGCCCUCACUUGCCUACUAUGAGUUUGUGGGUGUGCGCAGCUGUCUGGAUGUGGUUCACCUGUACCGGCUGCUCUGGGUGUCCACAGUGCUAAAUGUCUUGGGCCUGUGUCUUGGCAUUGUAACAGCAGCAGUCCUGGGGGCAUUCAAGGACAUGGUCCCUCUGUCCCAGAUGGCCUAUGGACCAUCCCCUCCACCUCAGAUCCUCUACAACCCUGCCCAGCAAAUCCUGGCCUACAAUGGUUUGUGUCCUCCACCUGCAACUGUGCCAACCUGUUCCUCCUACCCUCUGCCUCUUCAGCCCUCCAGCACCCUGUCAGCCUCGCCAUCCACUGACCUUUCUCUGCCUGAAGACAUACAGCCUCCCUCCCAAUAUAGUUCUAGCCAUGAGCAUCCUUUCAACAGCCCCCCACUCUGCAUGCUUUCCUGCUUCCCUCCAGGAGAGAAGCCUCCUCCCUAUGCACCCUGACAAAAUAACCUGGUUUGGAGUUGUACAAAAGACAGUAACAAUAAUAACAAAGCAUCUACAACACCUGCUUCUACAGCCAGCCUUGGAGAGAAUCCAGAGUUUCUGGAAGCCACGUACUUCUCCUUCCUCUUCCUGGGCAUACCCUCCACCAGCAUGGGCCAGGACAAGCUGACUGUGGCCCCAUGGUACCUCUGCUGCCACAUGAAUAUGAUCAGCAAAUCCUGCCAGACUCCAGCCUUCUCAUCCAGAGAGGCUGCUCUGUGCCUGCCAACAAUUAUAGCUCAGCUUCAUCCCCACCACCCUCUUCAUCAAUUACUAAUUGCUACUGUCCUGCAAGGGGAAGACAUUCUCUGUGUGUGAAGGUAUGGAGCUUGGUCCCUCAGAGAAUGCAUUGCAGGUUGAUAGACUUUUCUGUGUGUUUUCCAAGGAGGGAAAGUCCUCUACCGCUGUGCUGUGCCCUCUGGAUUUUUGCUUUAAAAAGAGGUUUUUGUGCAGAUAUCCAAAGCUGCUUCCAGAGGCCUGGGAGCUCUGCCUCAUGUUAUCUUCUCUACUCUGACAUUCAGACUGACAUCAACCUGCCAGAGUCCCUGCACCUGAGCCACUGCCCAAAGCUACACAUCAAUGGUAUCUGGAUUCCCUUGUCUUCCUGAUAUUUAGGCUACCCACCUGCAGCCCAGCUGCCCAGAACCUCCCUGCUUGCUGAAGAGUCACUGCCAGCUUCUGCCCUGACUGUAACAGUAGCAAGUAUGGUCUACAGGUCUUCAACUCAGAGCCCAGGGCCAUAGUGUCUAUUGUUGACUGAAGGCCUGACAAAUAACCUGCCUCUGCCAGACACACUUGGGACAGGCAAACACUCCUGGAAAUGGUCAACUUCUGAGUGGACAGACUAGAGAUCCUGCAGGAGUCCAUUGAGGAGUUAAAUAUGCCCCACCUUGGAAAUGUUAGAGUGCAGGGAGAGAGACAUCUGUCUCCUCCCAACCCUGCUCAAACUGGAGCAAAGACGAGGCUAUGCAGCAGAUGCCCUUGUAUCCCUCCAAGCCCCUAUGAACCUGCACCAAAGCUUCCAAAUCUUGGGCUUACUUUCCCCCUGUGGUGCUCUGUAUAUGUUAAUAAACCUAUGGACUUCCCUUUA